CAGCUGGAUUGCUCUUAAGGAAGGCUGAUUUUGAUUGUGCCAAGCUUAGCAUUUCUUGAAAUUAAUUAUGCAUACAUAAAUUUUUCCUUUGUCUUGUUAUACAACUCUACCAAGUGUAAUUCAUUUUGGAUUGCAAUGGAGUUUCAGCAUUUCUUAUUGACCUUUUGAAAGCGGCUUAGUUUCAAUUUUUCAACCGUGGCCGUAAACUCAUACAUUUGCCUCAUGAACAUUCCAAAAUCGUCAAAACGAUGACCCAAUGCUAGUAAAAUUUUGGUGGUCAUCGUUGGAGGCUUGAAGCUCAAAGUUGUAUCAUUUACUGUUAUCAAAGAAAAGCGUUGAAUUUUCUUUAGACCCUAUAAGCAGAAAGAAUACAAUAAUAUAGUUAAAACUGAAUCCAAUUUGGCUUCGGUGUCUGCUUUCUUGGACAUGCCCUGAAACAUCAGAGAAAUGAGCAACAUAGCGUAUUCAAGAAUUAUCCUAGGUCAAGCACAGGCUUUUAUUCUUGGAGGCAAAGAAAUGUCCCCAUCUUUUGAAAAUCAGUAAAAAAGACAAGUCUCAUUGCCACUUUUUCAACUUUAUUAUUUUGUUUCUUUCUUUACCUUAUCUGCUGCUGGCUCUUCUUGAUUGCUAGUCUUUAUUUCGACGAAUCACACCUUGUAUUUGACACCACCCACGAUACUAAAGUUAUAUCUCUUUAAUUUAAUUGAAAUUAAAUUAAAAUGCUACAAUUUGCACGUGGGAAGAAGGACAAAGUUUUAUCAACCGCCUUUGCCAGCGUCCGAGCAGACAAAUGAACUAAUUAUGGAGUAAAAAAUUGCACACUGAACCUGGAUUGAAUAAUGCCCUAUUUGCUGCCAAGCCUGCCAGCCGCCAUCAUUUGUCGUUGUCUCUCUUUCACUAUAUAAGAGAAAGAGCAUUCUUAUCCUUCAUGUCAAGAAUUAAAAGCAGUGUUCCAUUGUAGCGUCUAGAAACCCAAAGCGUCCUGAUGGAAAUUGUUGAAGACGUUGUGAUUGUGGGGGCCGGAAUUGCCGGUCUCACCACAUCCUUGGGACUACACAGGCUAGGAAUUCGUAGUUUAGUAUUGGAAUCAUCAGAAAGACUAAGGAUCACUGGAUUUGCAUUCACGACAUGGAACAAUGCCUGGAAAGCCUUGGAUGCUAUUGGCAUCGGUGAAUCUCUCCGCCAACAACAUAACCUAACGCCAAGCAUACUUGUUGCCUCUACAUUUUUAGUCCAGCCCACAUCAGAGCUAUCAUUUAAUGGUUAUGAAGUUCGUUGUCUUCAACGGAGAUUGUUGUUGGAAACUUUAGCAAAGGAACUCCCCAGCGGUACUAUCAAGUUCUCCUCUAAAGUAGUUUCUAUUGAAGAAUCAGGCUUCUUUAAACGAGUGCAUCUGGCUGAUGGAACCAUAAUCAAAACCAAGGUGUUGAUUGGGUGUGAUGGAAUCAACUCAGUGGUAGCAAAAUGGCUUGGUUUACAGAAGCCUGUUUUCACAGGGCGAUCAGCAAUUAGGGGUUACACAAAUUUCAAAGGUGGCCAUGGCUUUGGACCCAAAUUCAGGCAGUUCGUUGGCAAAGGUGUUCGAUCAGGUUUCCUCCCUUGUGAUGAUGAGAUUGUUUAUUGGUUUUUGAAUUGGACUGCAGCCAGCAAAGAGGAAGAACUAGAAGACGAUCCAGAUAAGCUGAAGCAAUUUGUAAUAAGCAAGCUUAAAGAUACACCAGAUGAGAUGAAAUCUGUUGUAGAAAAAGCCGUGGUAGAUGGCAUUGUAUCAUCCCCAUUAAGAUACAGAAGGCCUUGGGAGCUACUAUGGGGAAAUAUUAGCAAGGGCAAUGUUUGUGUAGCUGGUGAUGCUCUUCAUCCCAUGACCCCAGACCUUGGCCAAGGUGGAUGUUCAGCCUUGGAAGAUGGUGUUGUUCUGGCCAGGUGUCUUGCUGAAGCCUUUUUGAAACCAGGGGAAGAUAUCAAAGAAAAAGUUGAUGAAGAAGAGGAAUACAAGAGGAUUGAAAUGGGUUUGAAAAAAUUUGGUCAAGACAGAAGAUGGAGAUGUUUUGAUCUCAUUUGCACAGCUUACAUGGUGGGUUCUAUACAACAAAACAAUGGGAAGAUAAUGAACUUCUUCAGAGACAAAUUUCUGUCGAGAUUCCUAUCUGGGUUGCUUUUAAGCAAGGCUAAUUUUGACUGUGGCACGCUUAAGUAAUUAGCAUUUGUUGAAUGAUUGUUUCUCACAUAAUUUUUUGUAUAAUUUCCAAAGCUUCUUUACCUUAGAACAUGUUGCAGAGUGGACAUUCAAUUAAAGUGUUUCAAUAAAGAAUGUUCUUUGAUCAGAUUUAUCGAAAUUUGUAUUAAAAAUUAGGACCAUAAUUGAGUUUUUUUAUUUUCUAAGA